AUGAGCCGCUACGACAGCCGCUCCGGUGACCCCACUUCCUACCGUGAUCGGAGGAGUGAUUCUGGGCUAGGUGCUCCUACAGGGUUUGGUGGUUCUGUACAGCACUCUUCAUCAAACAAGAGGGAUCAUGAUGAUGGUGGGUCACCAAAGAGGAACGUCAGUCUGGAUGGUUUACCUCAUUUUGAGAAAAACUUCUACAUUGAGUCACCUGCGGUAAGGGCAAUGACUGAUGCUGAGGUUAAUGAGUACAGACAGCAGAGGGAAAUAACUGUUGAAGGUCGAGAUAUCCCCAAGCCUGUCAAGACCUUUCAAGAUGCUGGUUUUCCUGAAUAUGUGAUGCAAGAAAUUACAAAAGCUGGCUUUACUGAGCCUACACCUAUUCAAUCUCAAGGUUGGCCCAUGGCUUUGAAGGGACGUGAUCUGAUAGGAAUAGCAGAAACAGGAUCAGGGAAGACACUUGCUUACUUGUUACCUGCCAUUGUGCAUGUUAAUGCUCAGCCAAUUUUAGAUCCUGGAGAUGGACCAAUUGUGUUAGUAUUGGCUCCAACUCGUGAACUGGCUGUCCAAAUACAGCAAGAGGCUACUAAAUUUGGUGCAUCAUCGAGGAUUAAGAGUACAUGCAUAUAUGGUGGGGUUCCGAAGGGACCUCAGGUGCGUGAUCUCCAGAAAGGUGUUGAAAUUGUAAUUGCCACUCCGGGAAGGUUGAUUGAUAUGCUUGAAUCAAAUCAUACCAACUUGCAGAGGGUCACAUAUCUUGUAUUGGAUGAAGCUGAUAGGAUGUUGGACAUGGGGUUUGAUCCUCAACUGCGGAAGAUUGUCUCUCAGAUUCGGCCAGACCGUCAAACAUUGUAUUGGAGUGCUACCUGGCCUAAGGAGGUUGAACAAUUGGCACGGAAGUUCCUUUAUAACCCAUACAAAGUAAUUAUAGGCUCUGAAGAUUUAAAAGCUAACCAUGCAAUACGGCAGUAUGUUGACAUUGUUUCCGAAAAGCAGAAAUAUGAUAAAUUGGUGAAGUUGCUAGAGGACAUCAUGGAUGGCAGCCGAAUACUGAUAUUCAUGGAUACCAAAAAAGGAUGUGAUCAAAUCACUAGGCAACUCCGCAUGGAUGGCUGGCCUGCACUUUCAAUUCAUGGAGACAAAAGUCAAGCAGAAAGAGAUUGGGUGCUCUCAGAAUUUAAGUCGGGAAAAAGUCCUAUUAUGACAGCAACAGAUGUUGCAGCCCGUGGUUUAGAUGUGAAGGAUGUGAAAUAUGUAAUAAAUUAUGACUUCCCGGGGUCACUUGAGGACUAUGUUCAUCGCAUUGGGCGGACUGGGAGAGCUGGUGCAAAAGGAACUGCAUACACAUUCUUCACAGCUGCUAAUGCUAGAUUUGCAAAGGAACUCAUAGCCAUACUUGAGGAAGCUGGACAGAAAGUGAGUCCUGAAUUAGCAGCAAUGGGGCGUGGCGCACCACCUCUGCCUUCAGGUCCCCGAGGUUUCCAAGACCGUGGGAGGGGCUAUGGCAGUUCUCGUCCUUGGAGCUGA